UGUCCUGCUUUUUCUUCUUUUGGCAACCAAACAGUUACUAUUUCCUUUUAGGUUCCCAACUCUUUUUCUGCUUCUUCUUCCUCUCUUUCCUUUUUGGUUCCUUUUGACUUACCCUUACUGGGUUCCACUACCAGAGCCAUGUCAACAGCGAGAGAUCCUGCUAUAAAGCUUUUCGGUAGAGAUAUUCCUGUAGAUUCAACACGCAACACCGAUUCGCCUCAAGUUAUGAACAGGUAUGAUAAAUCGACAAUUGAAGGCAAUGUUCCAUUCAGAGCUGGUAAGCAGCAUAAUUCUAUUGAAGAGGCAGAUGUAGACGUUUAUGGAAGUCCUACUAUUGAUGUGGAGGCUAAAGUAGAUCACAGAACUAAAAACUACAAGGCUGGUAGUAGAGAUAUGGAUCAUCAAGAAAAAGUUUUGAAGAAACCAGACAAGGUUCUCCCUUGUCCUCGCUGCAACAGCUUGGAGACUAAGUUUUGCUAUUUCAACAAUUACAAUGUUAAUCAACCUAGGCAUUUCUGCAAAAAUUGCCAAAGAUAUUGGACAGCUGGGGGGAUAAUUAGAAAUGUUCCUGUGGGUGCUGGAAAGCGCAAAAAUAAACAUUCGCCAUUACCUGUUGGCCCAGAUUCAGCAUCUGUUGCCCACACGGACUCCAACUCGCCCCCUACAGUUUCAAGACCUACUGGAGGAAUGGGAAAUAGCCCAGGAAUUGGGGAGGAUGCUCCUCUUUGUGAAUCCUUGGAGGCUGUGUUAAAUCUAAAAGGCCAGAAGAAAACUGAAGUUGACUCCUCUAUUGGUGAUGAUGGUGAGGAGGCUUCCAAGGAUUUUGAAUCUAGGGAAAAGGAAUGCUCGGCAAAUGAAAUUGAGCAGGUAGAUUUGCAGCAACAAGUAAAUGGUUUUAAUCCUCUACAUCCACUUCAUUACUAUCCUGUACCUCCCUGGGCUUACCAAUGGAGUCCAUGUUGGAAUUCAAUGGUAUUUAGACCUGGUCCUGCUUACAUGGGCUCUGCAUCCAUGAUGGCAGUCCCAGGUUUCACUGCACCAACAAUGGAAUUCUCACCAGGACCUUUCUAUUCAAGUCCCCUACCAAGCUGGACUGGCCAGAAGGAAGAGUCUCCAUUUGCUGGGUCUACAUUUAGUGGCAUCCCAUCACCUUCCUCUUCCACUAGCAGCAGUGUUUGUUCGGGGACUAAGUCUCCAACCUUAGGAAAACAUUCCAGAGAUGUAAGUACUCAGACAGGUGAUGCAAUGAGACGGAAUCUUUGGGUACCUAAGACUCUGAGAAUUAAUGAUCCAGAAGAAGCUGCAAGGAGUUCUAUAUGGUCUGCUUUUGGUACAAAGAGAGAACAGAACAAACCUAUUAUCAAAGGCAGCGUUUUUAAGUCUUUUGAACCUAAGUCGGAAGGUGCAAGUUCUCAUAUUUCAAAUACUGAUCAAAUUUUGACCGCAAACCCUGCUGCGUUUUCUCGCUCAGAAUCAUUUCAGGAAAGAAUGUAAAAUCUUGCAUUUCAUUCUGCUUUUAUUGCUGAGGUGAGCUAGACCAUGUCAUGCUGGCAGUUGUUGUUUGGAUGAAGCACGGAGGAUUUCUGCUU